GGCAUCGCGUGACGGCGCCUGUAGUCACGCGUGUUGCGGUUGUGGGGCUUGGCGGCAGCUCUCGGCUAGCGUCGAUGAAGAUGUCUGCCGCGGACACUCUACCGGACCAGGCCAGAGGGCUGGCGGCGGCGCUGGAGGCGACCAUGCGAGCAGCGGAGCAGGAGCUGACCAAAGUGACGCUGGAUGAAUUCGUCUCCAACAAGAUUGGAAUGUUUGGAAAGUUAAUCGGAUCCUAUGCAGACUUCUUCAAAAGGUACGGCGUGACAUCUCGGCAGGAGCUGGACGACCAGGUCCGGCGCCAGCGCAGCAAGGAGACGUUCACGGCCAUGGAGCAUCUGAUCGAUGUCGAGGGCGAAUGGGACGCGUUCCUGCUGGAGCUGGAUGACCGGCUGGGAUCCGGUGGACGGCAGCCGCCGGCGCUGCUCUCGCCAGCGCCACGCCACCUGCCCCUGCUGGCCGCCGCCGACGGCGCCGCCUGCCGGCUCGAGGACUGGCCCGGAUGCCGGCUGCUCGUGCUGCUGCGACACUUCGCCUGACUGCCGUGACGCGACCACGUGGCACAGAUCCAGCAGCGACAGGCCGAGUUCGCCCGGCUGGACUGCUCUGUGCUCGUGGUCUCAUUCGGCUCGGUGGAGGGCGCCCGGCGCUGGCUGGCCGACACCGG